CCUCAGAGGAAGAAGAUUCACUUCACCGCGCUCUCUGUUGUUUUAAUAUGGUGCUGGUUUAAUACAAACUGUUAGAAAUAUAAUUUCUGUAAACAGGAAAAUACAGUUUUUGAAUCAGGUCAGUGAAUACAUGUUAUAUUCACUCCAUCAUUAGUCGUGUCUAAGUGUUGAAGCAAAGAGAAAUAUAUCGGGAAGAAUAUCAGCUAAAGAUGGUGUUUAUAAAAGAGGAGACUGAGGAGAACACGAGUGAAAUAAAAGAAGAGGAACCAGAAACCUGGAAAAUAAAAGAAGAGGAAGCAGAAACCUGGAAAAUAAAAGAAGAGGAACCAGAAACCUGGAAAAUAAAAGAAGAAGAACCAGAAACCUGGAAAAUAAAACACGAGGAAGGAGGAGAGUUUAUUGAAGAAAGUGAGGAGAACAAAAAAUGGAAUGAAAUUGAGGAGAAAAAUCAUGUCAAAACUGGAGAAAAACCUUUGAGAGCUAAGAAAACUUUCACAUGCACUCAGUGUGGAAAGAGUUUCACAUACAAAUGUCAUCUUGAUUUUCACAUGAGAAUCCACACUGGAGAGAAACUGUUCACUUGUAAACAAUGUGGGAAGAGUUUUACACAAAAAAGAAGCCUUAUGGCACAUAUGAGGAUCCACACUGGAGAAAAACCUUACAAGUGUUCACACUGUGACAAGAGAUUCAGUGAUUCAGGAGACCUGAAAAAACAUGAGAGGAUCCACACUGGACCAAAACCUUAUGAGUGUUCACAUUGUGACAAGAGAUUCAGACACCCAUCGUUUCUGAAAACACAUGAGAAGAUCCACACUGGAGAGAAACCUUAUAAGUGUUCACAUUGUGACAAGAGAUUCAAACAGUCAUCACAUCUAAAAACACAUGAGAGGAUCCACACUGGAGAGAAACCUAUUAAGUGUUCACAUUGUGACAAGAGAUUCAGUAGGUCAGCAAACCUAAAAACACAUGAGAGGAUCCAUACUGGAGAGAAACCUUACAAGUGUUCACAUUGUGACAAGAGAUUUAAUCAAUCAACACAUCUAAAAAGACACGAGUGGAUCCACACUGGAGAGAAACCUUACACAUGUAAUCAGUGUGAGAAGUGUUUCACACGCUCAUCACAACUUAAGGAUCACAUGAACAUCCACGCUAGAGAGAAACUGAGCUCAUGUGAUCAAUGUAAUAAAACAUUUUUGAGCGCUUCAGACCUGAAGAAACACCUGACAGUUCAUACAAAGGAGAAGCCAUAUUCAUGUUAUUUGGGUGGAAAGAGUUUUUCUAAUUUUUCAGUUUUGAAAAUACAUCAGAAAACACAUACUGGUGUAAAAAAGCACAAGUGCUCAGAGUGUGAAAUCACUUUUACUUCAGCGGGUGGUUUAAAACAGCAUGAGAGGAUCCACACUGGAGAAAAACCUUAUGAGUGUUCACACUGUGACAAGAGAUUCACUCAGUUGUCAAACCUGAAAACACAUGAGAGGAUCCACACUGGAGAAAAACCUUAUGUGUGUUCACAUUGUGACAAUAGUUUCAGUCAGUCGUCAAACCUGAAAACACAUGAGAGGAUCCACACUGGAGAGAAACCGUAUCACUGCACUGAAUGUGGGAAGCGCUUCAGUCAUUCAUCUGCUCUACACAUACAUACAAAAAACUAUCACAGUAAGGCCCCGUACAAACAAAGAUGCCUUUAGCUGUAUAUGUACAAAUUUUGUAUCCUAUUGGUGUGUCCUCUAGACGGAUCCAGUGUUUUGGCAGCAUGAAACUACAAAUUUUUUCUUAACGGGUCCCAGAGUGGAUCGAUCUGAUGUGUUUACAAUGUGUUUACAAUCUGCUUUUAAAGAAAUAUUGUAGUAUCAUGCUACAGUGUACAUUUUGUCAGCUGCAGUUCUGGAGUCUCAGUCUGAACUGUACAACAUCACAUGCAUUCACAUCAGUGUUACAUCGGCUUUAGAGUUACUCUCACGGGUCACUGCACUUAUUCACAGACACAAAAGUACAUUAUUUGCAUGUGCUUUAAAGCCUUGCUGGUUAAAUGUUUCAUUCAUGCGCUGGUCUGAUGUAUGCCUUUUCUGAGCGUCACAUACACCCGAAGCGUGCGCACCAAAAAGCCUGUCAAACAGCGCCUGAUCUCUGAACUAAGUUAUCUUUUGUGCUUAUACUGUCAAAACACAGAAGGUUCACAAGUAGACUAAUAAUAAAAUGAAAGUAAGCAGUGGAGAUGGAACUUUUUUUUGUGCAAGAAGUUUUCUGGGGAAAAAAAACCAUAUUCCUUCUGGUUCGCUAAUGUGUUAUUUCACCAACAAUUCGUGGCCUAUGCCUUGAUGGAAUGGUAUGGUAGUUUGUGCAUUUCCAUGUUAUGUUUUGUUACUUGUAAGAUACUUUGUGUUGUACGUUGCCAUGACAUUCAAAUGCACACAAAACUUCUAUGAUGGUACCUCAACCUUUCACAGACACACAGUGAAAUUAAUGUUGAAUUGAUUUGCUUGUUAAGGUAUUGUAAACUCAUGAGGUAAGAAAAACUUAAAAGCAUACUCAUAUAUCUUAAAUCUUAUGGUUACAUUAUCCUAAGUAUUUAAACCAUCAGAGAAGCGUUCUGUAUGAAAGCUAUACAAAACACAGUUUGUCAUUGAAAUCAAAUCAUUGUUUGAAUUGUGAAUGUAGCCUCUCAAGAAAAGCUUUAAGACCUUGCAGAAAUACUCUGCCGCCUGAACGCUCCCACUUCACUUGUUCUAACGGCAAUCCACGGAAGAGAAUUUGGUCCUUGCAAUAAAAAAAUUAAAAAAACCUCUUGAGAUUAAAGUCAUUACAUUUUGAGAGAAAUGUCGAAACUAAAUAUUGAGAAUAAACUUGUUAAAUUACAAGACAAAAGUGAAAUAAAAUAAAAUGAAAUAAAACUAUUUUUUAAGGGUAAUAAAAUGAAGUGCAAAGAGAAAAAUCACUCUCUAUUCUUGACUUAAAAAGAAUUACAGUUUUAAAUAUUACAGUUGCUUUAGGAAUCAGUCUAUAUAGUGUUUUAUUUUUAGAUUUGUUCAUAGCAGGAACAUUCAAGAAAUGCAAAGUAAACCUUUUGUACCUGAAAAUAAGCCAUUGUUUGUUUUAUUCGUUGUUGUAAUGUAUUGCUAUAUUUAAAUUUACUUUGUUCAUCUUAUUUCUGAUUUAAAAAAACACACACACAAAGUAAAGAUUAACAGUUUAUUGAACAGAAGGGUGCACACUUAUGUUUCUUUGUUUGUACCUCAUCUGAGUCCUAGAGUCUCUGGCCAUGGAGUGAACGGUCACAUUCCUUGUGUCACCAACAUUUAAGUAAAUGUUAAAAUGCACAUUUUGUUGUGAAUCUUUUUGUUAUUUGGGAUUUCUGUUAAAGUGUUAUCUGAUUGUUUUCUUUUUCAUUUUGUUUGGUAGAAGCUACAUGGGUAUAUUUAGAGGUUGUUGGUACUACCCAGUCAGUCGGUUUAUCAUCUGAGCUGAUUUCAGUUCUUACAUUGUAUUGUUACUCUGCUAGCAGGGCAGAUUUAUUCUUUUUGUAGGCCUGUUUUAGUUCAGUUAUUUUUCCUUUGUUUUAGUUGAGUUUGCAGGAAUUAUGUUGAACUGGACUUUUGAUAUAUCUGCUUUUGUGGAUUUAAUUAACAUUUUUGUUAUUGUUUUGGUGGAAGAAUAAAUCAACAAUUUUUUCCCACAA